GCACCGGGGGCCGGACCGGCCGGGCCCCCGGCUGCGCACCUCCACCUGCGACGCUCAGGUGCUGCUCGGCUGCUGGCUCGACCGACCGCACCAUGGACAACGUCAACGGAAAAAACGUCAAGAUCUCGGCUCGCGUGCGCGGCGAGUGGCUUAUGGUGCCCUGCCAGAAAGGUAACGUGCGCGUGCAGUGGCUGUCGGAGGAGGCGCUGCGCCGGUACGAGCGUCUACAGCCGGCCACCUACGCCGGCCGCGUCGAAGUGGUGGCCGAGGUUAGGAAGACGCGCGGCGGCGCCAUCCUCGACCCGCACGACCUCGUGGUCGACGUGCUCGACGACAACGACUUCGUCUCGAUCGUUCUGGAAAGCGACCGGCCAAACCCGGUCACAGAGAGCGCUGAGAUUCACUACGUGCCGGAGCAGAUUGAGUCUUGCAAUGGAGAAGGACCAAAAGAGACCAUGUACCUGGACGGCAACAGCAUGUCAACGGACGACCUCGUCCAGUUGGGCAGGGGCGCCUACAAGAUCAAGUUGACCAAGGAGGCCGAGGAGCAUUUGGUGAAAUCCAGGGACCUGGUGGACAAGAUCGUCAAGGAAAAGAAAGUCGUCUACGGCAUUACGACCGGAUUCGGCAAGUUUGCGAACGUGCAGAUCGGCUCAGACAAGAUACAUGAUAUGCAGGUGAACCUGAUCCGGUCGCACGCCUCGGGCGUGGGCGACCCGCUCUCGCCGCAGAAGACGCGCAUGCUACUGGCGCUGCGCAUCAACACGCUGUCCAAGGGCUGCAGCGGCGUGUCGCCCAGGAUCGUCCACCAGAUGAUUGACGCUUUCAACGUGUCCUGCCUCUCCUGGGUGCCCGAGAAGGGCUCGGUGGGCGCGUCUGGCGACCUGGCGCCGCUGGCGCACCUGGCGCUCGGUCUGAUGGGCGAGGGCCGCAUGUGGAGCGCCAAAACCGGCUGGGGGGACGCCCACUACGUGCUGGAGGCGCAUGGCCUGGUGCCCAUAAAACUCUCGUAUAAGGACGGCCUGGCCAUGGUGAACGGCACGCAGCUGAUCGCCAGCAUCGGCGCGGCGGCGGUGGAGCGGGCCGGCGCCGUGGCGCGCCAGGCUGACGUGGUGGCCGCCAUCACGCUGGAGGUACUCAAGGGCACGUCGCGCGCCUUCGACAGCGACGUGCAUCAGCUGCGGCCGCACAAGGGCCAGAUGGAGGUGGCCCGUCGGCUGCGCGCCCUCCUCCACUCGGACACGUACCCGUCAGAGAUUGCCGAGUCGCACCGCUUCUGCAACCGGGUGCAGGACGCGUACACGCUGCGCUGCUGCCCGCAGGUGCACGGCGUGGCGCACGACACCAUCGCGCUCUGCCGCACCUGGCUCACCACCGAGCUGAACGCGGCCACCGACAACCCGCUGGUGCUGGUCGGCCGCGGCGAGAUCAUCUCGGCCGGCAACUUCCACGGCGAAUACCCGGCCAAGGCACUCGACUUCCUGGCGAUCGGCGUGUCCGAGCUGGCCGCCAUGUCGGAGCGCCGCGUCGAGCGGCUCUGCAACCCCGCCUAUUCGGAGUUGCCCGCCUUCCUCGUCAAGGACGGUGGCUACAACUCGGGCUUCAUGAUGGCGCACGUGACAGCGGCGGCGCUAGUGUCCGAGAACAAGGGCCUCUGCCACCCGAGCUCCGUGGACAGCAUCUCGACCAGCGCCGGCACGGAGGAUCACGUCUCCAUGGGCGGCUGGGCGGCGCGCAAGGCGCUCAUGGUUUCAGGACAUCGAGACGCGCGUAUUCAGCCCCACCACGAGCUUCAUCGGCAGCGCGCGGGACAGACCGCAUGCGCGCAAACGCCAGACCAGCACGUCCAAAGACGUGCCCCUGAAGAAGCUGCGGGCCGCGGCCGACGGCGGCAGGAAGUUCUCCACGCGGAAGUAGCGGCGGAGAGCGCUGGGCGCCGGACGGACCCGCGCUGCGGCCCGCUCUGUGCCACGAGCUGGCUUUGCGAGGGUCGACUUGCCUUCGCGGGCGCUGUGCCGGCUGGAGGCGGGGAGUGGCGCCCGGAAGACUGUCCGCGUCUCGUCUUCCGAAGUCUGGUGUUUACCGAGGGCUGAGCUGACGUGCUGUGCUGGGCGCGCCAGUUGUCUUCAGCGGCGCGCGUACGUGUGGGUGGUCGGGGCGGUGCCGCGCGGACCGUCUUCAGCGGCGUACGUGCGCAUCUGCGCAGGCUGUCUUCAGCGGCGUGCGUGCGUGCGGGUAGUCGGGGCGGUGCCGCGCGGACCGUCUCCAGCGGCGUACGUGCGUGCCCGCGCGGGCCGCCUUCAGCGGCUGGUACGUGCGUGUGGCUGGUCGCAGCGGUGCCGCGCGGGCCGCCGCCGCGCGGUGCUUGGUCCCUGCGUGCCCUCCGACGGCUUGCCCGGAGUCGGCACAAGGCAGCGACCACGCCAGCCGGGCAUGACCGGAGUUCCGGAGCCACGCCUGCCGGUAUCUAACAUUGCUUCAGCUCUGUAACUCCGUUAUCGAGCGGCAAGGGUCACCGAACGUGUACAGUGUGGAAAUGAAUACACAGACGGGUUUUUGGCUACCUGACCUUCA